AUGGGCAUGAGAAAAGUCACUGCCCAAAACACCUUGUACAGUAGAAAGCCGAAAAGGCACAACAAGGAAACUAGUUCCUGGAGAAUGCUUGCGGAAGAUGAGAUAAUACUUAAGGUUGGAACAGGAGAAGUUGUCUCGUUGAAGGAAUAUGAGUGGAAUUAUCCUACCGAUGUCUUGGAGCUAGGUGUCAUGGUGUUCGCAGAGAAGUCAUGGUGGCAUUAUCGGAGGUGGCUUGAGCUAGUGAAAGACUACGAUGUUGAGAUCCUAUAUCAUCCUGGCAAGGCUAAUGUGGUAGUUGAUAUCUUGAGUAGAAAGACAGCCCACAUCUCUGCAUUGUUCACUCAACAGGGCCAGCUUCAAGAGGAGAUCCUAAGAGCUGAGAUUGAUUUAAUAGUUCAGAAUAUCACUGCACAACUAGCUCAGUUGACAGCAUACUUGUAUGUACCUAGGAAUAAGGAAAUCCUUAAGGAGGUUAUGCCUGAUGCACAUGGCACGUCCUACACAUUUUACCCUGGUAGUACAAAAAUGUAUCAGGACCUGAAGAACAGUUAA